UAUCGUCGCGCUGUCAAACAGCAGCUCUCACACACUAUGAGGAGAAAGUGAGGAGAAAACUGCGCUUUUCGACGACCCCGAACGGACCGGAGUCACCGUCCAGACGCUUCGACAGCCCCUCGGUCACGAAUGAUAUCUGCUGACCUUUGCCUCGGCCAGAGCCUGGAACCCAGAGCCUGCAGCCUUCAUGACCGACAGAUUUAUGAGCUUCAGCUGUGACAGAAGAUUGUUUCAGAAAGAUGUUCCGUCGCGCAAAUAAACCCAGAGGUAAAAGAGGGGUGCACAGCGGCGAGCCGUCGGCCAUGGACACCACCACCUCCCUGAAGAUGACCUCCCUGGCCGUCCAGAGUCUGUUCGGCUACGUGGAGGAGGAGAACCUGGCGGCCAUCAAGGCUCACCUGGACAAGUUCAAGGACGUGGACAGCAGGAGCGACAACGGCCAGACGCCCCUCAUGGUGGCGGCAGAGCAGGGCAACCUGGAGAUCGUACAGGAGCUGAUCAGGAGAGGGGCCAACGUCAACCUGGACGACGUGGACUGCUGGACGGCGCUGAUCUCGGCCGCUAAGGAAGGACACAUCGAGGUGGUCAAGGAGCUGCUGGAGAACAAUGCCAACCUGGAGCACCGAGACAUGGGAGGAUGGACCGCCGUCAUGUGGGCGGCGUAUAAAGGCCGUACAGAUGUGGCCCAGCUGCUCCUGGAAAGAGGCGCCAACCCCAACAUCACUGGACAGUACAGCGUCUACCCCAUCAUCUGGGCGGCGGGUCGAGGCCACGCCGACAUCGUGGACCUCCUGCUGCAGCACGGCGCCAAGGUCAACUGCUCGGACAAGUACGGCACCACUCCUCUGAUCUGGGCCUCCAGGAAGGGCCACUACGACAGCGUCAUGCACCUGCUGUCCAACGGCGCCGACGUGGAUCAGGAGGGCGCGAACUCCAUGACGGCGCUCAUCGUGGCGGUGAAGGGCGGCUACACCGAGGUGGUGAAGGAGCUGCUGAAGAGGAACCCCAACGUCAACAUGACCGACAAGGACGGCAACACGGCGCUGGCCAUCGCCGCCAAGGAGGGCCACACCGAGAUCGUCCAGGACCUGCUGGACGCCGGGACCUACGUCAACAACCCGGACAGGAGCGGCGAGACGGUGCUGAUCGGCGCGGUGAGAGGAGGACAUGUGGAGAUCGUCCGAGCUCUGCUCAACAAAUACGCCGACAUCGACGUCAGAGGGCAGGAUGGAAAGACUGCCCUCUACUGGGCAGUGGAGAAAGGAAACGCCACCAUGGUGAGAGACAUCCUGCAGUGCAACCCCGACACCGAGAGCUGCACCAAGGAGGGAGAAACUCCGCUGAUCAAAGCCACUAAGAUGAGGAACAUGGAGAUCGUGGAGCUGCUGCUGGAUAAAGGAGCCAAAGUGUCGGCUGUGGACAAGAAAGGCGACACGCCGCUGCACAUCGCCAUCCGGGGACGAAGCCGCAAGCUGGCCGAGCUCCUGCUGAGGAACCCCAAAGAUGGCCGCCUGCUGUACCGGCCCAACAAGGCCGGCGAGACGCCGUACAACAUCGACUGCACCCACCAGAAGAGCAUCCUGACCCAGAUCUUCGGCGCCAAGCACCUGUCCCCCUCCGAGUCGGACGGAGACAUGCUGGGCUACGACCUCUACAGCAGCGCUCUGGCCGACAUCCUGAGCGAGCCCACCAUGCAGCCCCCCAUCUGCGUGGGCCUGUACGCCCAGUGGGGCAGCGGCAAGUCCUUCCUGCUCAAGAAACUGGAGGACGAGAUGAAGACGUUCGCGGGGCAGCAGAUCGAGCCCCUCUUCCAGUUCUCCUGGCUGGUGGUCUUCCUCACCCUGCUGCUCUGCGGCUCCGUGGCCAUCGUCCUCGGCUUCUCCGUCGACCCCAAGCUGACCAUCGCCGUCUCGCUCAGCCUCCUCGCUCUGCUCUACAUCUUCUUCGUGCUGGUGUACUUCGGCAGCCGCCGGGAGAAGGAGAGCUGGCGCUGGGCCUGGCUCAUCAGCACCCGGCUGGCUCGCCACGUGGGCUACCUGGAGCUGCUGCUCAAGCUGAUGUUCGUCAACCCGCGAGAGCUGCCGGAGCAGACCACCCGCGCCCUGCCGGUCCGGUUCCUGUUCACCGACUACAACCGCCUGUCCAGCGUCGGGGGGGAGACGUCCAUGGCCGAGAUGAUCGCCACGCUGUCGGACGCCUGCGAGCGCGAGUUCGGCUUCAUGGCCACCCGGCUGUUCAGGGUGUUCAAGAACGACGAGGUCCAAGGUCAGAAGUGGAAGAAAACCUGCUGCGUUCCCUCCUUUGUGCUGUUUGCUCUGGCUCUGAGCUGCCUGAUCACCGGUUUGGCCCUGCUGGCCGUCUUCAAGGUGGACCCUGAGAACCUGACGGUGAACGCGGUGCUGAUCGCCAUGGCCAGCGUGGUGGGCCUGGCCCUGCUGCUCAACUGCCGCACCUGGUGGCAGGUGGCGGACUCCGUGCUCAACUCGCAGAGGAAACGGCUGCACAGCGCCGCCAACAACCUGCACCGGCUGAAGAGCGAAGGCUUCAUGAAGGUUCUGAAGCAUGAGGUGGAGCUGAUGUCCAAAAUGGCCAAAACGAUCGACGGCUUCACUCAGAACCAGACCCGCAUGGCCGUGAUCAUCGACGGGCUGGACGCCUGCGAGCAGGACAAAGUGCUGCAGAUGCUGGACACGGUGAGGGUCCUCUUCUCCAAGGGCCCCUUCAUCUCCAUCUUCGCCAGCGACCCCCACAUCAUCAUCAAAGCCAUCAACCAGAACCUGAACAGCGUGCUGCGCGACUCCAACAUCAACGGCCACGACUACAUGAGGAACAUCGUGCACCUGCCCGUCUUCCUCAACAGCCGCGGCCUCAGCACGGCCAAGAAGCUGUGCAUGGCCACGCCCACCAACGGCGAGCUGCCCGCCGACGGUUGGCUGGACGACAUGGACCGGAAGCUGUCUCAGACCAGCCUGGGCCCGGACCCGGGCAAGAUGGGCAACAAGGGCACCUUGAACCGCAGGGACACGUACCGACGGCGUCAGAUGCAGAGGACCAUCACCAGACAGAUGUCCUUCGACCUGACCAAGCUGCUGGUGACGGAGGACUGGUUCUGCGACAUCAGCCCUCAGACCAUGAGGAGGCUGCUCAACAUCGUGUCCAUCACCGGCCGCCUGCUCCGGGCCCAUCAGAUCCUGUUCAACUGGGACCGGCUGGCGUCCUGGAUCAACCUGACGGAGCAGUGGCCGUACCGCACGUCCUGGAUCAUCCUGUUCCUGGAGGAGGCGGACGGCGUGUCGGACCAGCUGCCUCUGAAGACCAUCUACGAGAGGAUCUCGAAGAACAUCCCCACCACCAAGGACGUGGAGCCCCUGCUGGAGAUCGACGGGGACGUGCGGAGCUUCGAGGUCUUCCUGUCCUCCAGGACGCCCGUCCUCACCGCCAGAGACGUGGAGAUGUUCCUGCCCUGCACCGUCAACCUGGACCCCAAGCUCAGGGAGAUCAUCGCGGAUGUGCGAGCGGCGCGGGAGCAGAUGCACCUGGGAGGGGUCGGCUACCCCGCCCUGCCCCUGCAGGAGGCGGCGCCGCGGCCGCCGUCCGGGUACGGCCAGCCGCCCUCCGCCUGCUCGCCGACGGGCUCCUUCGCCGGCUCGCUGCCCCCCCAGCCCCACAGCGCCUACUUCAGCGGCAUGACGGGGCCCCAGCACCCCUUCUACAACCGGCCCUAUUUCCCUCAUCAUGUGUAUCACCCGCCGCGGCAUUACUCCCACCACGCCCCCCCGCCCGCCCGCCCCUCCACUAAGCCGCCCGGCCAGCCGCCGGACGCCAGCGGACCUGUGUGUCCUGCAGUGCUGCUCAGCUCUCUGAGCACGGAGGCUGUGUGUGAGCGUCUCCGGCAGGUGGACGGACUGGACCCGUCCAUGCUGGCUCAGUACACCGCCACCGUGAAGAAGGCCAACAUCAACGGCCGGGUUCUGACCCACUGCAACCUGGAGGAGCUGAAGAGGGAGAUGGACAUGAACUUUGGAGACUGGCAGCUGUUCAGGGGAAUGGUGAUGGAGCAGCGGCUGGCUGAGAGCCAGGCCGCGCUGCAGGACGAGUCCCGGGCCGCCAGCGAGCAGGGCGGCGUGCCGCUGCCCGCCGAGCCCGGCCGGCGCUCCGCGGCGGCGGCGGCGGCGGCGGGCCAGCGCGACUCGGCGGCCUUCAGCCUGAACCUGAGCUUCGAGGAGCUGAGCGGCGCCGCGCUGGACGAGCCUCCCCGACGCAACAGCAGCACACACUGGCCGGCGGCGAACCACCACACCUCCAGCAUGUCCAGCCUCAACUCCCAGGAGUCCUCCAACGACAUCUGCAAGCUGACGGACAAGCAGCAGGCCGAGUACCGGGACGCCUACCGGGAGUACAUCGCCCAGAUGGCCCAGCUGGAGAUGUCGGGCGGCGGCGGCGAGCGGCCGGUGCAGCCCCACCCCGGACAGUUCCUGCAGGCCGCCGGCGCCGACGACAAGACGGCCAAAGACGGAGGCGAUCAAGAUGGCCGUAAGUCCUUCUCUAAGCGUGGCUCUAAGAGCAGCGACGCCCCGGACUUCUCCGGGGCGGAGGUUCAGGCUCUGGACCCCAUCAGCGAGGAGGACGAGCGUCCGGACCACGGCUCCGCCUCCCGGACCCCCGGCUCCAGGAAGAGGGGGGCGGGGCCGUACUACCACAAGCUGGCCCACGACGAGGACUCGGGUCCGGAGGAGGCCGACAACACCACGCCCCUGCUCCACGGCGAGCCCCGCCUCUUCCACGACCCCCUGCUGGGCACCAGGGACUCGUCGGACUCGGACACGCGCUCCAGCGACGGCUCCUCGGACCCGUCCCCGGAGGAGGCGGCGGCGGCGGCGCCGAGGGCCGGCCUGAUGGAGCUGGAGCUGGAGGGCCUGGUGAGGAAGAGGGGCAUCCUGAGGCAGGACGCCGCCGUGGCCCGCAUGUCCAUCUGCUCCGAGGCGGCGUCCGAGGCCAGCCUGAUGGCCAGCAGCCCCGACGAGGCCUGGCCCCCCGCCGGGACGGCCAACCUCAACCGCAGCGCCAGCAGCGCCACGCUCAACAACAACAGCGGCGACGGCGACGCCAACACCAACACCAACACCAACAACAGCCGCCCGCCGCCGGCCCGCCUGGCCGCCGACCCGCCCACCGCCAUCAUCAUCACCCCGGGGAGCGGCGGCUCCGCCCACCACAACCACAACCUGCGCUCCAUCAGCCUGGGGGACGAGCGGGAGAGCGUCCUGUGAGGGGCGGACGGGGAGACGAGGAAUCUGUUUCUGAUUCUCCGAAUCGCCUCAACCUGUGGAAUGAAACCAGGACGAGGGAAGAAGCUUCAGACUGCUGUGAUUCUGUGAUGACAAGUGACAAAGUGACGUUUUCAACUGUUGAAACCAAAAGUUCCGGAACAAAUCGAAGCGUGUUAAUGAUUGGCCCGAUCACAAACGGCUGUUCUGUUUCUGAAAGGCUCUGCUGGUCCCGCUGUGGACCGCGGGCCAGAUGUUUCACCCCGGUGUUCGUGGUGUGUUGUUGAGGUUGCUGGUGGUGUCGUGACGUGUUACUGAUGUGUGUGUUGCACUGCGGGAUUUGAAAUGUUCACCACAUUUUCACCUUCCUGUCACCAAAUAAAUGUUUGUGUUAGUUUCUCUUGUCACAGAGAGUGAAUUCACACACACGUGUGUGUGUUGAUGUAGACUUGGUGUGUGUCGUGAUGAAGGCGGUGCAGUGUUAGAGGUAGAGAUGUGUCGGUGGCUCAGUGUGAAGCAUGCUCUAAACUUCCUGUUUGGUGGACCAUUAAACGUUUUCAUCCCUCCACCUGGUUUCCUGCUGCUUCUUCUGAGGGAAAAGGUGACGGAGGCACGGAGAGGUCACCGCCUGCAGGGCUGCAGCAGGCCGACAGAUGGCGCACUCUCCACACAAACAGCCCUGAGCGGGGCGGCUGACCUGAAAGGCUCCUUUCACCAAACAAACAAACAUCCACCUUCCUCUGCUGGAGUCCCGCCUGUCCGCGUGGAU